ACGUGAUGACGUUGGAUGUAUAUGAGCGCAGGCGGCGGGAUCUCUCUCCCUUUUACCGCCAUCGGAGCGGAGUCUCUUUCUUCCCUGGGACCUCUACACUGCGCAGCGCCGCUUCACCAGUGCAGCCUCCGGCCAGAUAGCGAAGCAUCACUUGAGACUCAGCUAAGAUGGCAGACAUCGACAACAAAGACCAGGCUGAGAUUGACCCGGCAGAUAUGGAGGAUGUGGAGGAAGUGGAAGAGGAGGAGACGGGAGAAGAUGAAAACAGCAAAGCUCGUCAGCUGACCGUGCAGAUGAUGCAGAAUCCACAGAUCCUGGCUGCGCUGCAGGAGAGGCUGGAUGGUCUGAACGGCUCGCCGUCAGGCUACAUGGAGAGUUUACCCAAGAUUGUAAAGAGACGUGUAAACGCCCUCAAGAACCUGCAGGUCAAAUGUGCCCACAUUGAGGCAAAGUUCUACGAAGAAGUACAUGAACUGGAGAGAAAGUAUGCAGCCCUCUACCAGCCCCUCUUCGACAAAAGAAGUGACAUAGUGAAAGCAGCUUAUGAGCCCACAGAUGAGGAAUGUGAAUGGAAGGCAGAUGAGGAGGAAGAGCUGACCGUAAGUAAGCAGGAUGAGAUGAAGGAGAAGGCCAAGUUAGAGGAAGAGAAGAAGGACGAGGAGAAGGAAGACCCCAAAGGAAUCCCGGAGUUCUGGUUAACGGUUUUCAAAAACGUGGACCUGCUCAGUGACAUGCUGCAGGAACACGAUGAACCCAUCCUUAAACAUUUACAAGAUAUCAAAGUAAAGUUUUCGGAUCCAGGAGAGCCCAUGAGCUUCACGUUAGAGUUCCACUUCGAGCCCAACGACUUCUUCACAAACACAGUGUUGACGAAAACCUACAAGAUGAGGUCAGAGCCCGACGAGAGCGACCCCUUCUCCUUCGACGGACCAGAGAUCAUGUGCUGCACAGGUUGCACGAUUGAGUGGACAAAGGGCAAGAACGUCACGUUGAAAACAAUCAAGAAGAAACAAAAGCACAAGGGCCGCGGCACAGUGAGGACGGUCACCAAAACAGUCCCCAACGACUCGUUCUUCAACUUCUUCACCCCACCAGAGGUUCCAGAAAAUGGCGAGUUGGAUGAGGACUCUGAGGCGGUCCUGGCUGCAGACUUUGAAAUCGGCCACUUCAUCCGUGAGCGUAUCGUACCUCGGGCUGUGCUCUACUUCACAGGAGAGGCCAUAGAGGACGACGACGACGAUUACGAUGAAGAGGGAGAGGAGGCGGACGAUGAGGAAGGAGAAGAGGAGGCUGAUGAGGAGAACGACCCUGAAUAUGAUCCCAAGGUGUAAGUGGUGACAGUAGAAAAAUAACCCUAUCCUGAAGGAUGCAGCCCCCCCAGCUGAGUGCAAGCAGCAGUGAAGCCUGGCCUGGCUGCCUUGAGGAUCAACUGCACUGUAACGGCUUCUCAAAUUAAAAGAAGACAAAAAAAAAAAUAGUUACUUACCGCCUUAUAAUGUUUUGUAUUUUUCUUGGUAGAGAAUUUGAAGAAGAAAAAAAAGCUUCAAGAUUUUUGUUACAAAACUCAUGGUAAUAUACUGGGAGCUGUGGCUCAAUAUACAUAGUAUUUUACUAGACCUGUUAAUCCUUCUUCCUCCUCUGUACAAUAGAUAGCAUACAGGAAAAAAAAUCUCCCUCAAAAAGCAUGAACUGUUUCUUCACUGCUAAAACUAGUUUGGGUUCUUGUGAAGUCUUUUGUUGUAUUUGCUCUUAGACAACAGCUGUGGUUUAGACUGCAGCGCGGCAACGUCAAUUUCUACCCCCCCACCCCUCCUCCUUUUUCCCUUCCUCUUCCCCCUAUCAAAGCUCCAGGUUGGUCAGUUGUGGUUGUUCCAGGUGAAUAUCUUUUUCUUAGCGGGGCCUUUAGUACUGUAGCAGUUCCAGCUCUUAGUGACGGAGGCCAGAUGGGUGGCCUGCAAGCCGGGUGUCUAUUCCAGUUUAUAUCUAAUCUUGCUGAGCAUGGGAUCCGGAGUUGGUGUCUUUGGCCACUUCCUGCGCCACUUGUGCUCAACUACUUUCCACUCUCGAGACAUUCCAGUAAGCAGACUGGCUGGCACCGUCGGUGAACCUCUCUUCAAAGGGAGUCUACUUCUUUCACUGGACGCACUCCUCUAAAUUGAACCAAAAUUAAAGUUUCUUUCGACCACUUUGUCACAAAAUGGGUCGCUCCCCGGGCUCGGUACAGCCUGGUGGAGUCUCUUCAACAUUCCAGAGAAUUCCUAAGAUGAGGAUGAGACCGUUUGGUGCCGGAGCCACCAAACCCCAAUAACCCAGUGCUUCAGGCUCUCAUCUUUUCUAUAGCACUUUGUACUAGUGUGUGGUGUACCGGUGGCGUCCUAUCAUUGGUUAGCUGUCUGAGUACUCCUUGUAAGCAGCACUUUGUGUUACGCCCCGUGUUUAAAUGGUCACGGGGGGGUGGUGCUGUAACCCCGCUCUGUGGAGAGUUCAACUUCUGGUUUUUGAGUGCAUUGCCUAUCUUACCGGGUGGGGGGCACACUUGGCCUGUUCAGAGAGGCUUUGCAGGAAUAGGGUUGGGCAGAUGUAGCACAGCGGAUGAAAAGGAAAGUCCAAACCAGGUUUUCUAGUCUGUGGAAAUGUCAGGUUCUCCAAAAGCCCCUUUUCCCCUCAUCGGUUUAUGACCUUUACCUCUUGUGUCCCCCAUUUUUGACUGGUCAGUUGACUCACACGGACCUCAGCCCAGCCCCUGAGGUUACGUUUUAUCACUGUGAAAGACAAGGGAAGCGUGAUAAGGCCAUUGGGUUGGCCAAUGACCCACCACCCUCCCUACACCAAACUCGUUCCUUUUUUACCCAGAAGGCCACAGGAAAGCAUGUCAGAGCAAUACAAACCGUAGCCUGCCUCCCUCCCACUCCAUUCUUUAUGCCUUUUUAACUUUCCAGCGUUGGUUGUGUUGGGCAGCAUCGUGUCCACUGUGGAGAGCCAGGGUACCACUCAUUCUGCAGGGAGUAUUCAGAUCAUGUUUAUUGGAAAAGGACAUAAGAGUUUCUGUAGGGUUCAUCUGAGCAGCUGUUGUCAAGGCAAAAUGCUAUGCUACAAAAAUACUAAUGUACUCGAUAACUGUACGUGUAUGUUCAUGAAUAAAUUGGUUAAACAUGUC